CCUACUUAAUUCAACAGAGAGAGAGAGAGAGAGAGAGAGAGAGAAGCAGCAAAAGACUUGAUUUUUCAGUUUGAGUGCUAUUGGAGAGGAGAUGGAGGUGGAGACUGUUGCUGCUUCUGACAUUACAACCGAUGCUAAAUCUCUUCCUUCCGAGUGGCAGUUCCACUGUGAUUUUGAAGUAGAUUAUGAGUCUGAGGUGCACGCUCAAAUUGUCUGCUCGGCUUUGGCUGUCGACAAGGAGUUGCAGCCAGACAAAGUGAAGAGGCAUAUGACCGUCUCUAACGGAAAGCUUUUUGUGCAUUUCGAAGCAGUUGAAGCAAGAUUUCUUCGGGCAUCAUUCAGUGCUUUUGUGGAUGUUCUCACGCUUGCCACAAGAACAAUCGAAGAAUUUGGCCAGGCCAUGGAAUCAUGACCAGCCAUGCCAGUAAACUCCCAUUAGCAUUCAGCUAAACUUCAUCUGUACUAAUAUGCAAUUUCCACAUAAAUGUUUUACCAUAGCGUUACAACUAUGGCUUUACUAUUUAUCCGCAGAUUGUACUUUUCAUAGAAAAAUCUAGAGCGGCUGCAAGAGUUUGUAACAGUGUAUUGAUAUUUAUACAACACAAGACAAUGUAGAGAUUUAGUUUCAAUAAAAUUGGUAUCCCAUGCCUUACUACUA